UUAGUGGCCAAGAAAAAAAAUCUCGCAGCCUCUCAUCUCUGGAAGCUUCACUCGUUCUCUUAAAACGCCUCUUCCUAUCUCGCCCUAAAUCCUUCGCCAUUGCUUCGAUCUCAUGCUCUAGCGGACGCCGACGGAUCCAUCGAUCUUGAUUUCGAUCUCUCUGCGGCAAUGGACGCUUCCCCGGCCGGUUCCGACGCCGCCGCCUCCUCCUCCUGCUACUACUCCCUUCUCGGGAUCCGCCGCGACGCCUACCACUCGGAAAUUCGCGCCGCCUAUCGCCGCCUCGCAUUGCGGUGGCACCCGGACCGGUGGGCGAAGGAGUCAGCGGCCGCGUCCUGCGAGGCGAAGCGGAGAUUCCAGCGGAUUCAGGAAGCCUACUCCGUGCUCUCCGACACGAGCAAGCGUGCCAUUUACGACGCCGGCCUCUACGACCCACUCGACGACGACGAUCAGGGCUUCGCCGAUUUCAUGCAAGAAAUUUUGGCGACGAUGGAGCGGCUUAAACCCGAGAAGCCGGAUACUCUGGAGGACCUGCAGCGGAUGCUGGCGGAGAUAAUGAACAUGGGGAGCGGCAUCGGCGGGGCGAACGCAGGCGGCCGGCGGGAGCCAUCGGAUGCGGCGUGGAGGAGCCGCGGCGGCGGUCCGACGAGGAGGAGGUGAAAUGGCAUCUGAAUGACUGAAUCCUGACCAUUUUAAAAAGCGAUCCUUUAACUUGAGAAGAAUUCCAUCAAUCAUGUUGUCAAUCUCUUAGUCCUGUGCUUUCUUUUUCUCCAGUUUUUUUAUUCCGUACUAAGGGGCAUCUACCGGUUAGGUGUAUUUAUAAUUUUUUUUUCUUUAUAAAAUUCGAAACUUCUGGACGGUCGCACUUUUCAA